GCGCGCGCGCCGGCCCACGUGGACCGGGGCCGCGCCAGGCGCGCGUCCGCCCGGGGCCCGGGCUCGGGGUCACGGAAGGAAACCUUACAGAAACAUGAAGCCCUCAACCAUCUGGAGCUGAGAAACUCAUUCGAGGCUGACUGCGGCUUCUAGAACGUCCAGGUGUUCUGCAGAUGUGAGAACUUAAUCCCGCACUCUCCAGCUGGAGUCCCGAACAGAUGCGCCGCUCGUGCUCCAGCCCUAACAUCCCUGAGCACAGAAGGGUUGUUCACCAAGUGGCCAAAGAGCAGUUGUUGUCACUGUUGUCUGAUGCCGGCACACCGCCGUCCUCUCUCUCGGAGCUGCAGUGGGGCAACCACAUUUGAGGUUGCAAGUGUCCUGACUCUCCUGAAUUAGGAUUCCAGGUGGGGGCCUCAUUUCUUAGCCCGACCAUCCUUACAGGCACCACCACCAACACGACGACCACCACCACCUGUAUCUUCUUGCAAACUCCACCACUGCUCUCCAGGGACCCCCUGCCCUCCAGGGACCCCCUGCCCUGAAAGGGAAACAGGGGGAAGCUCUCGGAAAAAUCUUUAGCUGUGGCCCAUCGUCACUCCAGACAGUUAUUACCCUCCCCUUCUCACCAUGGGCUGGCUUUUUCUGAAGGUUCUGUUCCUGGGGGUGACUUUCUUGGGAUGCCUUUAUCCCCUUGUGGAUUUUUACCCCAGUGGGGAAACAAGAGGCCAGAAGCCGAAUUUCGUGAUCAUUUUGGCAGAUGACAUGGGGUGGGGUGACCUGGGAGCAAACUGGGACACAGAAACGAAGGACACCGCCAACCUUGAUAAGAUGGCUGCAGAAGGAAUGAGGUUUGUGGACUUCCACGCAGCUGCCUCCACCUGCUCGCCCUCUCGGGCCUCCCUGCUCACCGGCCGGCUUGGCCUCCGCAACGGAGUCACGCACAACUUUGCGGUCACCUCUGUGGGGGGCCUUCCGCUCAACGAGACCACCUUGGCUGAGGUGCUGCAGCAAGCCGGCUACGUCACGGGGAUGAUAGGCAAAUGGCACCUCGGGCACCAUGGCCUUUAUCACCCCAACUUCCGUGGUUUUGAUUACUACUUUGGAAUCCCAUAUAGCCAUGAUAUGGGCUGCACUGAUACCCCAGGCUACAACCACCCUCCUUGUCCGGCGUGUCCACGGGGCGACAGACCAUCAAGAAGCCUUGAGAGGGACUGUUACACGGAUGUGGCCCUUCCUCUGUAUGAAAACCUCAACAUCGUGGAGCAGCCCGUGAACCUGAGCAGCCUGGCACACAAAUAUGCUGAGAAAGCUAUCCGGUUCAUCCAGCAUGCAAGCGCCAGCGGAAGGCCCUUCCUGCUAUACAUGGGCCUGGCCCACAUGCACGUGCCCAUAUCCAGGACCCAGCUCUCAGCAGACGCACGGGGUCGAAGGCCAUACGGUGCAGGUCUCCGGGAGAUGGACAGCCUGGUGGGCCAGAUCAAGGACAAAGUUGACCGCACAGCCAAAGAAAACACAUUCCUCUGGUUCACAGGAGACAAUGGCCCGUGGGCUCAGAAGUGUGAGCUGGCAGGUAGCGUGGGUCCCUUCACUGGAUUGUGGCAAACUCAUCAAGGGGGCAGUCCAGCCAAACAGACCACCUGGGAAGGAGGCCACCGCGUCCCGGCUCUGGCUUACUGGCCUGGGAGAGUUCCCGUCAAUGUCACCAGCACUGCCCUGUUAAGUGUGCUGGACAUCUUCCCCACCGUGAUAGCUCUGGCUGGGGCCAGCCUGCCCCAGGACCGACACUUUGAUGGUUUGGAUGCCUCCGAGGUGCUCUUUGGCUGGUCGCAGACUGGGCACAGGGUGCUGUUUCACCCCAACAGCGGGGCUGCUGGAGAGUUCGGAGCCCUUCAGACGGUCCGCCUGGGGCCUUACAAGGCCUUCUACGUCAGCGGCGGAGCCAAAGCCUGUGAUGGAGACGUCGGACCGGAGCAGCAUCAUGAGCCUCCCCUUAUUUUUAACCUGGAAGAUGAUGUUGCAGAAGCUGUGCCUCUAGAUAGAGGCAGCGCCGAAUACCAGGGCGUCCUGCCCAAGGUCAGAGAGGUUCUUGCAGAUGUUCUUCUAGACAUUGCUGGUGACAACACCUCCAGAGCGGAUUACACUCGCGAUCCUUCGGUGACCCCCUGCUGCAAUCCCCACCACGUCGCCUGCCGUUGCCAAGCCACCGGAUGGACCGAUUUCCCCAGGGGCAGAUGUUAGGAAGCGAGACAGGGCAAGUUCACACUCCAGCUCCGGAUGCUGUAAAACUAAGUCUCAGGAUUUUGUUCUGAGGCUCGAGCUUUGCAUUCCCCCCUCCCCGCUUGAGAGAACAGCUGGGUGGGCCUAGAGCAGAAAGCACCCAGGCUUUGCCGUUAGAUCUGGAUCAAGGCCCAGCUUUUGAAUGUGGGCAUUUAGCCUAGCUUGCAAGCUGAUUUUGAGGACGAAAGACGAUGAUACAUGGAGAUGCCUGCCAUGUCACCCGACACAGAACAGGCACUUAAUACAUUUUAGUUUUUCUCUGUACCCAGUUUCGCUGGUCCCAUUAGCAUAGAUUCAUCCCAACUGGGAUCUAGGGCAGUGCUUCUCCAUCUCUGAUCCGCAUACGUAUCACCUGGGAUCUCAUGGAAGUGCAGAUUCUGACCCAGUAGGUCUGGGGUGGGGCCUGAGAUGCUCCAUUUCUGGGCAGCUCCUGGGGGAGGUGGGGGUUGCCCUGAGUAGCACCAAAUGCAGGCUAGGACAAAGUUAGAUGUUUCUGGGUCUCAUCGC